UCCUUUCGCCAUGUUUUUCUUCUCUUCUAUCUUCAUGUCAUCCAAGGCAUCACCGAUUCCCCAAAAACUUCAUAACCGUUUAAACCCUAAAAUUUCAAAAUAAAAUUAAUAAAAAACACUAAACUCUCAACAUCUCCUCAAAUGGAACUUUUUUAUUCAGCUCAAUCUCGAUCCCUUCUCCCCCAAAUCAUCCCCAUACUCAAAUCCCGCUCUCAAUUGAAGAACCCUAAGAAUUCCAUCCAAUUUCACUCACCAAUUCCAACCAAGGGCCUCAAUUCUACGGUUUUAUCGAUGCCUUUAAAGCGGCAUUCUUUAGUUUUGACAGCCCGAGCUUCGAGAGGUGGAUCGGAGAUUUCCAGCAGUGUAGAUGGUCGGAUUUUGGUCGGAUCGGCGAUUACGGUGGCUUUGGCGGUUGCAAAUCGCGUUCUUUACAAGCUCGCUCUUGUUCCCAUGAGAAAUUACCCUUUCUUUUUGGCCCAAGUCACCACAUUUGGAUAUCGUGCUGGGAUUGUUACUAGAGAAAUGGUGGCAGUUCCAAAAUCUCGUUUCUUAGUUAUUGGCCUUUUAGAAGCACUCGGGGUUGUUGCGGGGAUGUCAGCUGGAGCUAUGCUUCCAGGACCUGCUAUACCUAUAUUAUCUCAGUGGCGAAGUGAGGACCCAUAGGGUAGUGGGGGCAAA